CUAGCUGAAACCAUAACCUGAAACUUUUCUCGUAAUCAAAUUUUUUGGACAAUUCAGUGUUCUGUACCUUGAAUUAUCUCAAAGUAUACUGUUCUUAUUCGCUGUUGUUACAUUACAUCCAGUAGCAAAAUGUUGUACCUCGAAGAUUACCUAGAAAUGAUCGAGCAAUUGCCUCAAGAGCUGUGGGAUCGAUUCACAGACAUGAGAGAGUUAGAUCUUCAAGUUCAAAAUUCUACUGACAGUCUAGAGAAACGAGUGAAAGAAUUUUUUUUAAAUGCCCGAAGAAUGAAGCCGCAGGACAAGGAAGCCGAGUACCAAAAUAUCAGAAGUGAUUAUUAUAAAACUUUGGAAGAUGCAGAUGAAAAAAUUCAGCUAGCCAACAACAUGCAUGAACUAGUGUCAAGGUACGUUAGAAGAUUAGACCAAGAGCUUCACAAAUUUAAAAUGGAGCUUGAAGCAGAUCAUAUGGGAAUUACAGAAAUUCUUGAAAGGAGGGCAGCUGAGUCUGAGCAUCCUUCACCCAGUUGUCAAAAAGAAAAUCGUUAUAGUUUCUCUUCCAGCAGGUUAACUAAUAGUAAUAUGCAAGCUAUUGCAAAUAAAAAGAGAAGAGAUUCAUUAACAACAGAAGCACCAAAGCGACAGCAGUUAUCGGAUAAAACUUCUAGUGAUGUUAGAUUAAGUCAAAAUACAGCCAUGAAUAUGUUAUCCAGUGGAACAAUAUCUCCUUCGCCCCCCGUUUCAUAUUCAUUGGCUCAUAUGGGUGCAGGUGGAACAGCCAUAGCUGCAGCUGCCUCGCAAGCCAUAGCUGCAACUCAACAGAUGCAACAAGGACGGAGGACUGCAAGCUUGAAAGCAUCUUAUGAAGCAAUACACAGUUCAGGAGCUGGUUCAGUUGGCAGUAGUGCUGUGGGUGGUACAGAAUUAGCCAUAAGUCGCGAGUUAGCGGGAGCUGCUCAAACGGCCAUUGCUGCUAUUCAAGAUACCCAUAAAAAACACAAAAAAAAAUCUAAUGGUAUGGGUAACAUGUCUGCGUUUAACAAUCAAAUUUACAACUCUAAUGCUGCCAUACCAACAGUAGUAGAGGAGUCCAUCGAAGAUUCUGAGCAGUCUGUUGAUGCUGCUUAUGAUCCUGAUGAGCCAAGAUACUGCACAUGCAAUGAAGUUGCUUACGGAACUAUGGUAGCCUGUGAUAAUAAGAAUUGUCCUUACGAAUGGUACCAUUGUCCUUGUGUUGGAAUAACGGACCCUCCAAAAGGCAAAUGGUACUGUCCCACAUGUACAGCAAAUAUGAAACGACGAUCGCGGAAAAAGGAGUGAAAACUGUAUGCUUAGUUCCUAUUAAUUGAAUUUCCUUUAGACACAGUCUAAUUUUGUGAUGGACUUGUGAUCAUGCUAUUGGUGCUCCAGAGUGUUUUCAUUACUGGACUUAUUUAUGUUAAGGGACACUAUGUGUGAAGAGUUUGCGUGCAACAUAGUUCCUCUUAGCAUAAAUAUGUCUCAUUGAUUAUAUUUAAUCCUCUCAAGACCAAAUCUUGAACAUCGCAUGCAAAAAAAGCCUUUCUAUUCUCUCUUCUGAGGCCAUUUUUCAUGAGAAUAAAAUUGAUGACUCAUGGUUGAAGUCCCUGUAAUUAAA